UCAAUCGUCUUCCGCCACGUCUACAACAUCCAGUGCUACAAGCACAAGCCACGACACGUCGGAAGGUCAUACUACCGUAUCGCAGACCACGGGGCAUCCGUCCACGGCCACAACAUACGGCAUGAAAACGACCACAAGCAGCCAAGGAACUUCAGUGCCAACGACAACGCCUGAAGAAUCUACAUCGACAGAUCAAAGUAGCACUACACAAAGAACCACCUUUCGUACAGUUCCGGCAACCACUGACCGAAGCACUGUGACAUCGACUCCUGGUGAGACGACAGUGGCUACUACAUCUGCAGAACAGACAAGCACGAUUGGAUUAUCCUCUGCAGCUUCUUCGACAGAACGUGCUGAAAGUACACUUUUCAGCACUUCUGCGGGAUUUUCAACUGCGCAGUCGACAGGAUAUUCUUCAACAGGCACCACCGUUGAACUAAGUUCCAUUACCAGCAGGUCAAGAACGUCCGUCCAUUCGACAACGUUUUCUGAAUCUACACCGGUGGACCAAAGUACGACCGCGCAAAGAACAACAGUUCCUACACUGCCUAUGACGACAGAACAAAGCACUUUGACGUCAACCUUGGCAGGGACCACCGUGGCUAGUACAACAACGAAGCAAGCUAGCACAUUUGGAUCGUCUUCGGUCACACCUUCAACUGAAAUUGCUGCAAGCACACUUGUCAGCACAUCUACGGGUCAUUCAACUGGCCGACAGUCUACAGAACAAUCUUCAGCAAGCACAACGGUAGUCCAAAGCACGACCGCGGAAAGAACCACAGUUCCGACACUGCCGGUAACAACUGAGCAAAGCACGUUGGCCUCAACCCUUGCAGAGACCACUUCGGCUACUACAACAACGGAGAGGGCUAGCACAUUUCAAUCGUCUUCCGCCACGUCUACAACAGCCAGUGCUACAAGCACAAGCCACGACACGUCGGCAGGUCAUACUACCGUAUCGCAGACCACGGGGCAUCCGUCCACGGCCACAACAUACGGCAUGAAAACGACCACAAGCAGCCAAGGAACUUCAGUGCCAACGACAACGCCUGAAGAAUCUACAUCGACAGAUCAAAGUAGCACUACACAAAGAACCACCUUUCGUACACUUCCGGCAACCACUGAGCGAAGCACUGUGACAUCGACUCCUGGUGAGACGACAGUGGCUACUACAUCUGCAGAACAGACAAGCACGAUUGGAUUGUCCUCUGCAGCUUCUUCGACAGAACGUGCUGAAAGUACACUUUUCAGCACUUCUGCGGGAUUUUCAACUGCGCAGUCGACAGGAUAUUCUUCAACAGGCACCACCGUUGAACUAAGUUCCAUUACCAGCAGGUCAAGAACGUCCGUCCAUUCGACAACGUUUUCUGAAUCUACACCGGUGGACCAAAGUACGACCGCGCAAAGAACAACAGUUCCUACACUGCCUAUGACGACAGAACAAAGCACUUUGACGUCAACCUUGGCAGGGACCACCGUGGCUAGUACAACAACGAAGCAAGCUAGCACAUUUGGAUCGUCUUCGGUCACACCUUCAACUGAAAUUGCUGCAAGCACACUUGUCAGCACAUCUACGGGUCAUUCAACUGGCCGACAGUCUACAGAACAAUCUUCAGCAAGCACAACGGUAGUCCAAAGCACGACCGCGGAAAGAACCACAGUUCCGACACUGCCGGUAACAACUGAGCAAAGCACGUUGGCCUCAACCCUUGCAGAGACCACUUCGGCAACUACAACAACGGAGAGGGCUAGCACAUUUCAAUCGUCUUCCGCCACGUCUACAACAGCCAGUGCUACAAGCACAAGCCACGACACGUCGAAAGGUCAUACUACCGUAUCGCAGACCACGGGGCAUCCGUCCACGGCCACAACAUACGGCGUGAAAACGACCACAAGCAGCCAAGGAACUUCAGUGCCAACGACAACGCCUGCAGAAUAUACAUCGACAGAUCAAAGUAGCACUACACAAAGAACCACCUUUCGUACAGUGCCGGCAACCACUGAGCGAAGCACUGUGACAUCGACUCCUGGUGAGACGACAGUGGCUACUACAUCUGCAGAACAGACAAGCACGAUUGGAUUGUCCUCUGCAGCUUCUUCGACAGAACGUGCUGAAAGUACACUUUUCAGCACUUCUGCGGGAUUUUCAACUGCGCAGUCGACAGGAUAUUCUUCAACAGGCACCACCGUUGAACUAAGUUCCAUUACCAGCAGGUCAAGAACGUCCGUCCAUUCGACAACGUUUUCUGAAUCUACACCGGUGGACCAAAGUACGACCGCGCAAAGAACAACAGUUCCUACACUGCCUAUGACGACAGAACAAAGCACUUUGACGUCAACCUUGGCAGGGACCACCGUGGCUAGUACAACAACGAAGCAAGCUAGCACAUUUGGAUCGUCUUCGGUCACACCUUCAACUGAAAUUGCUGCAAGCACACUUGUCAGCACAUCUACGGGUCAUUCAACUGGCCGACAGUCUACAGAACAAUCUUCAGCAAGCACAACGGUAGUCCAAAGCACGACCGCGGAAAGAACCACAGUUCCGACACUGCCGGUAACAACUGAGCAAAGCACGUUGGCCUCAACCCUUGCAGAGACCACUUCGGCUACUACAACAACGGAGAGGGCUAGCACAUUUCAAUCGUCUUCCGCCACGUCUACAACAGCCAGUGCUACAAGCACAAGCCACGACACGUCGGCAGGUCAUACUACCGUAUCGCAGACCACGGGGCAUCCGUCCACGGCCACAACAUACGGCAUGAAAACGACCACAAGCAGCCAAGGAACUUCAGUGCCAACGACAACGCCUGAAGAAUCUACAUCGACAGAUCAAAGUAGCACUACACAAAGAACCACCUUUCGUACACUUCCGGCAAGCACUGACCGAAGCACUGUGACAUCGACUCCUGGUGAGACGACAGUGGCUACUACAUCUGCAGAACAGACAAGCACGAUUGGAUUGUCCUCUGCAGCUUCUUCGACAGAACGUGCUGAAAGUACACUUUUCAGCACUUCUGCGGGAUUUUCAACUGCGCAGUCGACAGGAUAUUCUUCAACAGGCACCACCGUUGAACUAAGUUCCAUUACCAGCAGGUCAAGAACGUCCGUCCAAUCGACAACGUUUUCUGAAUCUACACCGGUGGACCAAAGUACGACCGCGCAAAGAACAACAGUUCCUACACUGCCUAUGACGACAGAACAAAGCACUUUGACGUCAACCUUGGCAGGGACCACCGUGGCUAGUACAACAACGAAGCAAGCUAGCACAUUUGGAUCGUCUUCGGUCACACCUUCAACUGAAAUUGCUGCAAGCACACUUGUCAGCACAUCUACGGGUCAUUCAACUGGCCGACAGUCUACAGAACAAUCUUCAGCAAGCACAACGGUAGUCCAAAGCACGACCGCGGAAAGAACCACAGUUCCGACACUGCCGGUAACAACUGAGCAAAGCACGUUGGCCUCAACCCUUGCAGAGACCACGUCGGCAACUACAACAACGGAGAGGGCUAGCACAUUUCAAUCGUCUUCCGCCACGUCUACAACAUCCAGUGCUACAAGCACAAGCCACGACACGUCGGAAGGUCAUACUACCGUAUCGCAGACCACGGGGCAUCCGUCCACGGCCACAACAUACGGCAUGAAAACGACCACAAGCAGCCAAGGAACUUCAGUGCCAACGACAACGCCUGAAGAAUCUACAUCGACAGAUCAAAGUAGCACUACACAAAGAACCACCUUUCGUACACUUCCGGCAACCACUGACCGAAGCACUGUGACAUCGACUCCUGGUGAGACGACAGUGGCUACUACAUCUGCAGAACAGACAAGCACGAUUGGAUUGUCCUCUGCAGCUUCUUCGACAGAACGUGCUGAAAGUACACUUUUCAGCACUUCUGCGGGAUUUUCAACUGCGCAGUCGACAGGAUAUUCUUCAACAGGCACCACCGUUGAACUAAGUUCCAUUACCAGCAGGUCAAGAACGUCCGUCCAUUCGACAACGUUUUCUGAAUCUACACCGGUGGACCAAAGUACGACCGCGCAAAGAACAACAGUUCCUACGCUGCCUAUGACGACAGAACAAAGCACUUUGACGUCAACCUUGGCAGGGACCACCGUGGCUAGUACAACAACGAAGCAAGCUAGCACAUUUGGAUCGUCUUCGGUCACACCUUCAACUGAAAUUGCUGCAAGCACACUUGUCAGCACAUCUACGGGUCAUUCAACUGGCCGACAGUCUACAGAACAAUCUUCAGCAAGCACAACGGUAGUCCAAAGCACGACCGCGGAAAGAACCACAGUUCCGACACUGCCGGUAACAACUGAGCAAAGCACGUUGGCCUCAACCCUUGCAGAGACCACUUCGGCUACUACAACAACGGAGAGGGCUAGCACAUUUCAAUCGUCUUCCGCCACGUCUACAACAGCCAGUGCUACAAGCACAAGCCACGACACGUCGGCAGGUCAUACUACCGUAUCGCAGACCACGGGGCAUCCGUCCACGGCCACAACAUACGGCAUGAAAACGACCACAAGCAGCCAAGGAACUUCAGUGCCAACGACAACGCCUGAAGAAUCUACAUCGACAGAUCAAAGUAGCACUACACAAAGAACCACCUUUCGUACACUUCCGGCAACCACUGACCGAAGCACUGUGACAUCGACUCCUGGUGAGACGACAGUGGCUACUACAUCUGCAGAACAGACAAGCACGAUUGGAUUGUCCUCUGCAGCUUCUUCGACAGAACGUGCUGAAAGUACACUUUUCAGCACUUCUGCGGGAUUUUCAACUGCGCAGUCGACAGGAUAUUCUUCAACAGGCACCACCGUUGAACUAAGUUCCAUUACCAGCAGGUCAAGAACGUCCGUCCAUUCGACAACGUUUUCUGAAUCUACACCGGUGGACCAAAGUACGACCGCGCAAAGAACAACAGUUCCUACACUGCCUAUGACGACAGAACAAAGCACUUUGACGUCAACCUUGGCAGGGACCACCGUGGCUAGUACAACAACGAAGCAAGCUAGCACAUUUGGAUCGUCUUCGGUCACACCUUCAACUGAAAUUGCUGCAAGCACACUUGUCAGCACAUCUACGGGUCAUUCAACUGGCCGACAGUCUACAGAACAAUCUUCAGCAAGCACAACGGUAGUCCAAAGCACGACCGCGGAAAGAACCACAGUUCCGACACUGCCGGUAACAACUGAGCAAAGCACGUUGGCCUCAACCCUUGCAGAGACCACUUCGGCUACUACAACAACGGAGAGGGCUAGCACAUUUCAAUCGUCUUCCGCCACGUCUACAACAGCCAGUGCUACAAGCACAAGCCACGACACGUCGGCAGGUCAUACUACCGUAUCGCAGACCACGGGGCAUCCGUCCACGGCCACAACAUACGGCAUGAAAACGACCACAAGCAGCCAAGGAACUUCAGUGCCAACGACAACGCCUGAAGAAUCUACAUCGACAGAUCAAAGUAGCACUACACAAAGAACCACCUUUCGUACACUUCCGGCAACCACUGACCGAAGCACUGUGACAUCGACUCCUGGUGAGACGACAGUGGCUACUACAUCUGCAGAACCUUCUUCGACAGAAAGUGCUGAAAGUACACUUGUCAGCACUUCUGAAGGGUUUUCAACUGCGCAGUCGACAGGAUAUUCCUCAACAGGCACCACCGUUGAACUAAGUUCCAUUACCAGCAGGUCAAGAACGUCCGUCCAUUCGACAACGUUUUCUGAAUCUACACCGGUGGACCAAAGUACGACCGCGCAAAGAACAACAGUUCCUACACUGCCUAUGACGACAGAACAAAGCACUUUGACGUCAACCUUGGCAGGGACCACCGUGGCUAGUACAACAACGAAGCAAGCUAGCACAUUUGGAUCGUCUUCGGUCACACCUUCAACUGAAAUUGCUGCAAGCACACUUGUCAGCACAUCUACGGGUCAUUCAACUGGCCGACAGUCUACAGAACAAUCUUCAGCAAGCACAACGGUAGUCCAAAGCACGACCGCGGAAAGAACCACAGUUCCGACACUGCCAGUAACAACUGAGCAAAGCACGUUGGCCUCAACCCUUGCAGAGACCACUUCGGCUACUACAACAACGGAGAGGGCUAGCACAUUUCAAUCGUCUUCCGCCACGUCUACAACAGCCAGUGCUACAAGCACAAGCCACGACACGUCGGAAGGUCAUACUACCGUAUCGCAGACCAUGGGGCAUCCGUCCACGGCCACAACAUACGGCAUGAAAACGACCACAAGCAGCCAAGGAACUUCAGUGCCAACGACAACGCCUGAAGAAUCUACAUCGACAGAUCAAAGUAGCACUACACAAAGAACCACCUUUCGUACACUUCCGGCAACCACUGAGCGAAGCACUGUGACAUCGACUCCUGGUGAGACGACAGUGGCUACUACAUCUGCAGAACAGACAAGCACGAUUGGAUUGUCCUCUGCAGCUUCUUCGACAGAACGUGCUGAAAGUACACUUUUCAGCACUUCUGCGGGAUUUUCAACUGCGCAGUCGACAGGAUAUUCUUCAACAGGCACCACCGUUGAACUAAGUUCCAUUACCAGCAGGUCAAGAACGUCCGUCCAUUCGACAACGUUUUCUGAAUCUACACCGGUGGACCAAAGUACGACCGCGCAAAGAACAACAGUUCCUACACUGCCUAUGACGACAGAACAAAGCACUUUGACGUCAAGCUUGGCAGGGACCACCGUGGCUAGUACAACAACGAAGCAAGCUAGCACAUUUGGAUCGUCUUCGGUCACACCUUCAACUGAAAUUGCUGCAAGCACACUUGUCAGCACAUCUACGGGUCAUUCAACUGGCCGACAGUCUACAGAACAAUCUUCAGCAAGCACAACGGUAGUCCAAAGCACGACCGCGGAAAGAACCACAGUUCCGACACUGCCGGUAACAACUGAGCAAAGCACGUUGGCCUCAACCCUUGCAGAGACCACUUCGGCUACUACAACAACGGAGAGGGCUAGCACAUUUCAAUCGUCAUCCGCCACGUCUACAACAGCCAGUGCUACAAGCACAAGCCACGACACGUCGGCAGGUCAUACUACCGUAUCGCAGACCACGGGGCAUCCGUCCACGGCCACAACAUACGGCAUGAAAACGACCACAAGCAGCCAAGGAACUUCAGUGCCAACGACAACGCCUGAAGAAUCUACAUCGACAGAUCAAAGUAGCACUACACAAAGAACCACCUUUCGUACACUUCCGGCAACCACUGACCGAAGCACUGUGACAUCGACUCCUGGUGAGACGACAGUGGCUACUACAUCUGCAGAACAGACAAGCACGAUUGGAUUAUCCUCUGCAGCUUCUUCGACAGAACGUGCUGAAAGUACACUUUUCAGCACUUCUGCGGGAUUUUCAACUGCGCAGUCGACAGGAUAUUCUUCAACAGGCACCACCGUUGAACUAAGUUCCAUUACCAGCAGGUCAAGAACGUCCGUCCAUUCGACAACGUUUUCUGAAUCUACACCGGUGGACCAAAGUACGACCGCGCAAAGAACAACAGUUCCUACACUGCCUAUGACGACAGAACAAAGCACUUUGACGUCAACCUUGGCAGGGACCACCGUGGCUAGUACAACAACGAAGCAAGCUAGCACAUUUGGAUCGUCUUCGGUCACACCUUCAACUGAAAUUGCUGCAAGCACACUUGUCAGCACAUCUACGGGUCAUUCAACUGGCCGACAGUCUACAGAACAAUCUUCAGCAAGCACAACGGUAGUCCAAAGCACGACCGCGGAAAGAACCACAGUUCCGACACUGCCGGUAACAACUGAGCAAAGCACGUUGGCCUCAACCCUUGCAGAGACCACUUCGGCUACUACAACAACGGAGAGGGCUAGCACAUUUCAAUCGUCUUCCGCCACGUCUACAACAGCCAGUGCUACAAGCACAAGCCACGACACGUCGGCAGGUCAUACUACCGUAUCGCAGACCACGGGGCAUCCGUCCACGGCCACAACAUACGGCAUGAAAACGACCACAAGCAGCCAAGGAACUUCAGUGCCAACGACAACGCCUGAAGAAUCUACAUCGACAGAUCAAAGUAGCACUACACAAAGAACCACCUUUCGUACACUUCCGGCAACCACUGACCGAAGCACUGUGACAUCGACUCCUGGUGAGACGACAGUGGCUACUACAUCUGCAGAACAGACAAGCACGAUUGGAUUGUCCUCUGCAGCUUCUUCGACAGAACGUGCUGAAAGUACACUUUUCAGCACUUCUGCGGGAUUUUCAACUGCGCAGUCGACAGGAUAUUCUUCAACAGGCACCACCGUUGAACUAAGUUCCAUUACCAGCAGGUCAAGAACGUCCGUCCAUUCGACAACGUUUUCUGAAUCUACACCGGUGGACCAAAGUACGACCGCGCAAAGAACAACAGUUCCUACGCUGCCUAUGACGACAGAACAAAGCACUUUGACGUCAACCUUGGCAGGGACCACCGUGGCUAGUACAACAACGAAGCAAGCUAGCACAUUUGGAUCGUCUUCGGUCACACCUUCAACUGAAAUUGCUGCAAGCACACUUGUCAGCACAUCUACGGGUCAUUCAACUGGCCGACAGUCUACAGAACAAUCUUCAGCAAGCACAACGGUAGUUCAAAGCACGACCGCGGAAAGAACCACAGUUCCGACACUGCCGGUAACAACUGAGCAAAGCACGUUGGCCUCAACCCUUGCAGAGACCACUUCGGCUACUACAACAACGGAGAGGGCUAGCACAUUUCAAUCGUCAUCCGCCACGUCUACAACAGCCAGUGCUACAAGCACAAGCCACGACACGUCGGCAGGUCAUACUACCGUAUCGCAGACCACGGGGCAUCCGUCCACGGCCACAACAUACGGCAUGAAAACGACCACAAGCAGCCAAGGAACUUCAGUGCCAACGACAACGCCUGAAGAAUCUACAUCGACAGAUCAAAGUAGCACUACACAAAGAACCACCUUUCGUACACUUCCGGCAACCACUGACCGAAGCACUGUGACAUCGACUCCUGGUGAGACGACAGUGGCUACUACAUCUGCAGAACAGACAAGCACGAUUGGAUUAUCCUCUGCAGCUUCUUCGACAGAACGUGCUGAAAGUACACUUUUCAGCACUUCUGCGGGAUUUUCAACUGCGCAGUCGACAGGAUAUUCUUCAACAGGCACCACCGUUGAACUAAGUUCCAUUACCAGCAGGUCAAGAACGUCCGUCCAUUCGACAACGUUUUCUGAAUCUACACCGGUGGACCAAAGUACGACCGCGCAAAGAACAACAGUUCCUACACUGCCUAUGACGACAGAACAAAGCACUUUGACGUCAACCUUGGCAGGGACCACCGUGGCUAGUACAACAACGAAGCAAGCUAGCACAUUUGGAUCGUCUUCGGUCACACCUUCAACUGAAAUUGCUGCAAGCACACUUGUCAGCACAUCUACGGGUCAUUCAACUGGCCGACAGUCUACAGAACAAUCUUCAGCAAGCACAACGGUAGUCCAAAGCACGACCGCGGAAAGAACCACAGUUCCGACACUGCCGGUAACAACUGAGCAAAGCACGUUGGCCUCAACCCUUGCAGAGACCACUUCGGCUACUACAACAACGGAGAGGGCUAGCACAUUUCAAUCGUCUUCCGCCACGUCUACAACAGCCAGUGCUACAAGCACAAGCCACGACACGUCGGCAGGUCAUACUACCGUAUCGCAGACCACGGGGCAUCCGUCCACGGCCACAACAUACGGCAUGAAAACGACCACAAGCAGCCAAGGAACUUCAGUGCCAACGACAACGCCUGAAGAAUCUACAUCGACAGAUCAAAGUAGCACUACACAAAGAACCACCUUUCGUACACUUCCGGCAACCACUGACCGAAGCACUGUGACAUCGACUCCUGGUGAGACGACAGUGGCUACUACAUCUGCAGAACAGACAAGCACGAUUGGAUUGUCCUCUGCAGCUUCUUCGACAGAACGUGCUGAAAGUACACUUUUCAGCACUUCUGCGGGAUUUUCAACUGCGCAGUCGACAGGAUAUUCUUCAACAGGCACCACCGUUGAACUAAGUUCCAUUACCAGCAGGUCAAGAACGUCCGUCCAUUCGACAACGUUUUCUGAAUCUACACCGGUGGACCAAAGUACGACCGCGCAAAGAACAACAGUUCCUACACUGCCUAUGACGACAGAACAAAGCACUUUGACGUCAACCUUGGCAGGGACCACCGUGGCUAGUACAACAACGAAGCAAGCUAGCACAUUUGGAUCGUCUUCGGUCACACCUUCAACUGAAAUUGCUGCAAGCACACUUGUCAGCACAUCUACGGGUCAUUCAACUGGCCGACAGUCUACAGAACAAUCUUCAGCAAGCACAACGGUAGUCCAAAGCACGACCGCGGAAAGAACCACAGUUCCGACACUGCCGGUAACAACUGAGCAAAGCACGUUGGCCUCAACCCUUGCAGAGACCACUUCGGCUACUACAACAACGGAGAGGGCUAGCACAUUUCAAUCGUCUUCCGCCACGUCUACAACAGCCAGUGCUACAAGCACAAGCCACGACACGUCGGAAGGUCAUACUACCGUAUCGCAGACCAUGUCAGUGCCAACGACAACGCCGGAAGAAUCUACUUCGACAGAUCAAAGUAGCACUACACAAAGAACCACCUUUCGUACAGUUCCGGCAACCAGUGAGCGAAGCACUGUGACAUCGACUCCUGGUGAGACGACAGUGGCUACUACAUCUGCAGAACAGACAAGCACGAUUGGAUUGUCCUCUGCAGCUUCUUCGACAGAAAGUGCUGAAAGUACACUUGUCAGCACUUCUGAAGGGUUUUCAACUGCGCAGUCGACAGGAUAUUCCUCAACAGGCACCACCGUUGAACUAAGUUCCAUUACCAGCAGGUCAAGAACGUCCGUCCAUUCGACAACGUUUUCUGAAUCUACACCGGUGGACCAAAGUACGACCGCGCAAAGAACAACAGUUCCUACACUGCCUAUGACGACAGAACAAAGCACUUUGACGUCAACCUUGGCAGGGACCACCGUGGCUAGUACAACAACGAAGCAAGCUAGCACAUUUGGAUCGUCUUUGGUCACACCUUCAACUGAAAUUGCUGCAAGCACACUUGUCAGCACAUCUACGGGUCAUUCAACUGGCCGACAGUCUACAGAACAAUCUUCAGCAAGCACAACGGUAGUCCAAAGCACGACCGCGGAAAGAACCACAGUUCCGACACUGCCGGUAACAACUGAGCAAAGCACGUUGGCCUCAACCCUUGCAGAGACCACUUCGGCUACUACAACAACGGAGAGGGCUAGCACAUUUGAAUCGUCUUCCGCCACGUCUACAACAGCCAGUGCUACAAGCACAAGCCACGACACGUCGGCAGGUCAUACUACCGUAUCGCAGACCAUGGGGCAUCCGUCCACGGCCACAACAUACGGCAUGAAAACGACCACAAGCAGCCAAGGAACUUCAGUGCCAACGACAACGCCGGAAGAAUCUACAUCGACAGAUCAAAGUAGCACUACACAAAGAACCACCUUUCGUACAGUUCCGGCAACCAGUGAGCGAAGCACUGUGACAUCGACUCCUGGUGAGACGACAGUGGCUACUACAUCUGCAGAACAGACAAGCACGAUUGGAUUGUCCUCUGCAGCUUCUUCGACAGAACGUGCUGAAAGUACACUUUUCAGCACUUCUGCGGGAUUUUCAACUGCGCAGUCGACAGGAUAUUCUUCAACAGGCACCACCGUUGAACUAAGUUCCAUUACCAGCAGGUCAAGAACGUCCGUCCAUUCGACAACGUUUUCUGAAUCUACACCGGUGGACCAAAGUACGACCGCGCAAAGAACAACAGUUCCUACACUGCCUAUGACGACAGAACAAAGCACUUUGACGUCAACCUUGGCAGGGACCACCGUGGCUAGUACAACAACGAAGCAAGCUAGCACAUUUGGAUCGUCUUCGGUCACACCUUCAACUGAAAUUGCUGCAAGCACACUUGUCAGCACAUCUACGGGUCAUUCAACUGGCCGACAGUCUACAGAACAAUCUUCAGCAAGCACAACGGUAGUCCAAAGCACGACCGCGGAAAGAACCACAGUUCCGACACUGCCAGUAACAACUGAGCAAAGCACGUUGGCCUCAACCCUUGCAGAGACCACGUCGGCAACUACAACAACGGAGAGGGCUAGCACAUUUCAAUCGUCUUCCGCCACGUCUACAACAGCCAGUGCUACAAGCACAAGCCACGACACGUCGGAAGGUCAUACUACCGUAUCGCAGACCAUGGGGCAUCCGUCCACGGCCACAACAUACGGCAUGAAAACGACCACAAGCAGCCAAGGAACUUCAGUGCCAACGACAACGCCGGAAGAAUCUACAUCGACAGAUCAAAGUAGCACUACACAAAGAACCACCUUUCGUACAGUUCCGGCAACCAGUGAGCGAAGCACUGUGACAUCGACUCCUGGUGAGACGACAGUGGCUACUACAUCUGCAGAACAGACAAGCACGAUUGGAUUGUCCUCUGCAGCUUCUUCGACAGAAAGUGCUGAAAGUACACUUGUCAGCACUUCUGAAGGGUUUUCAACUGCGCAGUCGACAGGAUAUUCCUCAACAGGCACCACCGUUGAACUAAGUUCCAUUACCAGCAGGUCAAGAACGUCCGUCCAUUCGACAACGUUUUCUGAAUCUACACCGGUGGACCAAAGUACGACCGCGCAAAGAACAACAGUUCCUACACUGCCUAUGACGACAGAACAAAGCACUUUGACGUCAACCUUGGCAGGGACCACCGUGGCUAGUACAACAACGAAGCAAGCUAGCACAUUUGGAUCGUCUUCGGUCACACCUUCAACUGAAAUUGCUGCAAGCACACUUGUCAGCACAUCUACGGGUCAUUCAACUGGCCGACAGUCUACAGAACAAUCUUCAGCAAGCACAACGGUAGUCCAAAGCACGACCGCGGAAAGAACCACAGUUCCGACACUGCCAGUAACAACUGAGCAAAGCACGUUGGCCUCAACCCUUGUAGAGACCACCGUGGCUAGUACAGCAACGGAGAGAGCUAGCACAUUUGAAUCGUCUUCCGCCACGUCUACAACACCCAGUGCUACAAGCACAAGCCACGACACGUCGGAAGGUCAUACUACCGUAUCGCAGACCACGAGGCAUCCGUCCACGGCCACAACAUACGGCGUGAAAACGACCACAAGCAGCCAAGGAACUUCAGUGCCAACGACAACGCCGGAAGAAUCUACAUCGACAGAUCAAAGUAGCACUACACAAAGAACCACCUUUCGUACACUUCCGGCAACCACUGACCGAAGCACUGUGACAUCGACUCCUGGUGAGACGACAGUGGCUACUACAUCUGCAGAACAGACAAGCACGAUUGGAUUGUCCUCUGCAGCUUCUUCGACAGAACGUGCUGAAAGUACACUUUUCAGCACUUCUGCGGGAUUUUCAACUGCGCAGUCGACAGGAUAUUCUUCAACAGGCACCACCGUUGAACUAAGUUCCAUUACCAGCAGGUCAAGAACGUCCGUCCAUUCGACAACGUUUUCUGAAUCUACACCGGUGGACCAAAGUACGACCGCGCAAAGAACAACAGUUCCUACACUGCCUAUGACGACAGAACAAAGCACUUUGACGUCAACCUUGGCAGGGACCACCGUGGCUAGUACAACAACGAAGCAAGCUAGCACAUUUGGAUCGUCUUCGGUCACACCUUCAACUGAAAUUGCUGCAAGCACACUUGUCAGCACAUCUACGGGUCAUUCAACUGGCCGACAGUCUACAGAACAAUCUUCAGCAAGCACAACGGUAGUCCAAAGCACGACCGCGGAAAGAACCACAGUUCCGACACUGCCGGUAACAACUGAGCAAAGCACGUUGGCCUCAACCCUUGCAGAGACCACUUCGGCUACUACAACAACGGAGAGGGCUAGCACAUUUGAAUCGUCUUCCGCCACGUCUACAACAGCCAGUGCUACAAGCACAAGCCACGACACGUCGGAAGGUCAUACUACCGUAUCGCAGACCACGGGGCAUCCGUCCACGGCCACAACAUACGGCAUGAAAACGACCACAAGCAGCCAAGGAACUUCAGUGCCAACGACAACGCCGGAAGAAUCUACAUCGACAGAUCAAAGUAGCACUACACAAAGAACCACCUUUCGUACACUUCCGGCAACCACUGACCGAAGCACUGUGACAUCGACUCCUGGUGAGACGACAGUGGCUACUACAUCUGCAGAACAGACAAGCACGAUUGGAUUGUCCUCUGCAGCUUCUUCGACAGAACGUGCUGAAAGUACACUUUUCAGCACUUCUGCGGGAUUUUCAACUGCGCAGUCGACAGGAUAUUCUUCAACAGGCACCACCGUUGAACUAAGUUCCAUUACCAGCAGGUCAAGAACGUCCGUCCAUUCGACAACGUUUUCUGAAUCUACACCGGUGGACCAAAGUACGACCGCGCAAAGAACAACAGUUCCUACGCUGCCCAUGACGACAGAACAAAGCACUUUGACGUCAACCUUGACAGGGACCACCGUGGCUAGUACAACAACGAAGCAAGCUAGCACAUUUGGAUCGUCUUCGGUCACACCUUCAACUGAAAUUGCUGCAAGCACACUUGUCAGCACAUCUACGGGUCAUUCAACUGGCCGACAGUCUACAGAACAAUCUUCAGCAAGCACAACG